GUUCAAUCUCAAACCCUUCACACAAAACCAGCCAACACACAACAUCAUGGCUGUGAUCAAUGGCUUGUUGGGUUUGGCUGCCGCCGGGAGCUUCUGGUUCUGUGCCCUAGUCCUGGCAGCUCAGCCUCAACGAGCCUACGGCUCGAAUCGUGGUUCUUUUGGCCAGAACAAAGGCCUUGUAGCUCCACCGGAGGCUGGUAUCUGCGGAUCUUCAGUGACUGUAUAUGGUUACAAAUGCCAGGAGCUCGAAGUGACAACCCAAGAUGGGUAUAUACUGAGCUUGCAAAGAAUUCCAGAAGGUCGUGUCGGGGGUGGUGAGAAUAAGCGACCGCCAGUCUUAAUUCAGCAUGGCGUUCUUGUGGAUGGAAUGACAUGGUUUCUGAACUCUCCAGAACAAAAUCUACCGAUGAUUUUAGCCGACAAUGGAUUCGACGUGUGGAUUGCUAACACUAGAGGGACCAGAUUUAGCCGAAGACAUACCUCCUUGGACCCCAGCCAACCGGCUUUCUGGGAUUGGUCGUGGGAUGAAUUGGUGACCUUUGAUCUACCAGCUAUUUUUGACUUUGUGUGUGGCCAAACAGGGCAGAAGAUUGACUACGUGGGCCAUUCCCUGGGGACUUUGAUAGCUUUAGCAUCCUUCUCGGAAGGUAAACUGGGGAACCAGCUGAAAUCAGCAGCAUUGUUGAGUCCCAUUGCUUAUUUGAGCCACAUGACCACUGCACUCGGCGUUGUUGCUGCCAAAUCCUUUGUUGGUGAGAUCACCACGCUAGUUGGUCUUUCAGAGUUUUAUCCAAAAGGGGAACCUGUACAAAACUUUCUCAAUGCUCUAUGUGCUUAUCCGGGGGUUGACUGCUAUGACUUAUUAAGCGCACUUACUGGCAUAAAUUGCUGUCUUAAUUCCUCCACUGUCGAUCUCUUCCUGAUGAAUGAACCACAGUCGACAUCAACCAAGAACAUGGUACACCUUUCCCAGACGGUUAGAGAUGGCGUUGUGGCAAAAUACAACUAUGGGAGGCCUGACUAUAAUGUGAUGCAUUAUGGGGAAGCCCGCCCACCGGUUUAUAACCUCUCUAACAUUCCCCGUGAUCUUCCUCUCUUCGUUAGCUAUGGUGGCCGAGAUGCCCUCUCUGAUGUUCGAGAUGUUAUGCUUUUACUUGAUGAUUUUAAGUUCCACGAUGUAGACAAGCUCUCAGUUCAAUUCAUCAAGGAUUAUGCUCACGCAGAUUUCAUCAUGGGGGUGAAUGCCAAGGAUAUAGUGUACAAUCAAGUAGUCUCAUUUUUUAAGGGUCAACACUGAGGAUCCUUAAUUUAUUUAUGCCUCUGUGAUCAGAUCUAGUUCAAUUUUUACCCUUUACCUGAUAAUAACUCAUAUAUAUAUAUAUAUGGAUGUGCUUCAGGCUA